GCAGCCAAUGGCAGCGCGGGAGGGGUGGGCUUCAGGCGCCCGGUCACGUUUCUGCCUGUAUGAAGUCGGUGCCGGGCUGCGCCGCGCCGGGUGGACGCGAGGUGUGCGGAAUGUAUUCAUGACCCUUCCAUAUUUGGAGAGACUGAGCAUGUUCCAUAAGGUGUGACUUCAUUUCUCUUCAGAAAGUCUACUUAGUUGGGAUCGUGUAAUACAGGUGUGUUCCCUAAAACAGGUGGUUUUUUUUUUCUAAAGCUGAAGUAGUCUAUGCUUGCAAUAGACACAUCUCAGUAUCAAAGGGAAUGUUGCUGUCAGCUCUGUAUUCUUUGUAUACUGAUCAAUUCAGAGUUUCUGUGGAUGAACUAUUUCAGUUCUUUGGGAUUUGGGUUUACUCAGUAGCAUAUUUUCUCUGAUUAAUAAUAUAAAACCAGAAGAUUAGAUUUAACUGUCUCUCUGAAAAUCUAUGGCUUGAAUGGCUUCUAUUCAGUUUCAGAUAAAACUCCUGAUGUAGAUCUGUCUUAGCUCUCAGUUAAAUUGGAGGAAGGUUCAUGAUGGGAAUUUUAUGUAGUUAUAAGACUCUUUUUUUUUUUUUCCCCUCAGUAUCUUCCAAAGUGCAUAAGUAGGUUUAACUGACAUAAGCAAUCAGAAUGGUUUGUGCUCCUAUUGUGAAUAUCCCCUUCAAGCCUAUACUUUAAACCUUUCUUUUUCCCUCUGAAAAUAUCAUGAAGCUUGUCAAACUAGAGAGUUGCUAUGUCCUUUCAUAAAUAGGCAAAUUCUUGUGAAUUUCUUGUAGAUCUUGAUUAGUGAAGGUAGAAACUUUAAGGAAACAUGCAUUACAGAGAGGUGAGUUAGUUGUGAGGAAAUUGGAAGAACUGUCCUUUAAACCAGCACUUAACUAGUGUUGGGAGACAUUCCACAUUUUCAGUAUUGAUGCUAAAAAUGACAAAAUCUGAAAGUGGUUCUAGUUAAAGCUAUUUCUCACACUUGGCCAGAGAUGCAGAGCUUAUUGUUUAAGGCCUGUUUUAUCAAUAUAUAAUAACGGUAGAGGCACAACAUAUAAAGAACUAACAUACACAGAUUUGUACUGUAAUCUGAGACUUGCAGAACCCUUAUCAGCUUAGUGGCAUUAUGCAGGAUGGAAUAUUGUGAAUAAAUUCUUCCUUAAGUCUGGCUAACACAAAUGCACUUUUAGCAAUUGGUAGAUAUGUGAUGUUUUAAAUUAAGGCAUAUUAAUGUGGCUGCAUGACGAAACAGUUAGUUUGGGAUUUGAACACCGUUCCAAACAUUCCUUCUGCAUAUUCAAAUGAAAUACUUGGUGAUGUAAUUGUUUAAAGCACAAAUGUGGCUUUUUGGAACUUCUGAUGUUUAUUCUACUCCUGCUUUGUGUUACAUGGCAGUGCCCUGUACCAAUGUACUUAGUUUACUACAUCUAAUAGAACAGCUUUCAGAUUUUCGUGCAGAAAUUCCUGAGAUCUUUUUGAGGAAACUAAUUUUCUUAGGAAGAGUAAUAGUGUUGAUAAACUUUCCAAGUAUAGACUUGUUUGUGAACAUAAGGAAACACUUCUCUGUUAUGGGGGCCAUUGAACCCUGGAACAAGUUGCCCAGGGAGGUUGUAGAAUCCAUCCUUGGAAAUGCUCUAAAGCCAUCUGGAUAUGGCCCUGGAUAACUGGCUUUAUGUGACCCUAUUUGAGCUGGGGAUUGGACUAGGUUACUGAUAGGGACCCCUUCCAACCUCAACCAUUCUGUAAAUUGCAGUUUGCAAGCUGCCUAAAACAAAUGCUUAUUGCAAGCCUACAGAGGUGGAGAUGAGAUUAGAUCUAUUAGAUCAGGUCUUAAAACUUUUUUUUUUUAAAUGCACUUCUUAGCAUAUGGAGGUUCUGUGGAAUACAUUGGACAUUUUGCUCUGUCUUCUAUAGGAGAAUUUAGCCCUCAAUGGUUGCAUCAGCUUGUGUAGAACUUAACAUACGUAGUAUGACACCAUAGUGCUAGUGAAUCAGAAGUCAAUGCAGAGAUAAGAGGUUAUUUAGUGCAGAUCUGUUAUUUUCAAGUUUUCUAAGGCCUUGCAUCAGGAUAAAAGUGUUUAAAAUGCAUAUUUAUAUCAUAAUUGCUCUGCUGGAUGACAGUUUCAUGUUUAACCAAUAUUUAUCUGCAUAGGAAUGGCAUAACUGUGAGCAUCUCUCUGGUAUCUGUUUGAAGAGGACACUGUUGGGGGGCCCAGAUAUCUUGCAUAUUUAUUUGGCCAAAGGAGAAGUGCAGCUUUUUCUUCUGAAAAACUUGAAAUAAAUGUAGAAUGUCUGGAAAAACAGCAAUUAAAAGGAUUUGUGGGUCUGUACUUCCAUACUGAGUCUUUACAGACAGAAAAUUCUGAAAAUGGCUUGACUUGAUCUUGGCAGUGUUUCUAAUGAGUGUCCGAUGGACUGUAUCGAGGUCAGGGGGUUCUACUCUAGCACUGAGGAGCAGAACCCUGAGCAGCAAGCUGAUAUCAGUGAAAACAUUUCUUCAUUGUUCUCUUUAAAAGAGCAACAGAAAAUGAGUGAGUAUUCUGGACUUGCAAGUAACCGUAGCCAGAUGAUUGCUGAAGAUUCCGAAAUUCAGCCAAAACCUGAACACUCUCCUGAAGUUCUUCAGGAAGAUAUUGAGAUGAGCAGUGGAUCCAGUGGAAAUGACUUCAGUGGAAAUGAGACGACUGAAAACUACUCCAGUGGACAUGAUUCUCAUGGCCAUGAAUCUGAUGAAAAUGGGAAAGAUUCAGCAAUGCUCAUGGAAUCUUCAGACUGUCAUAAAAGUUCAAGCUCAAAUGCAUUUAGUCUGAUGAUUGCAAACUCUGAACAUAAUCAGUCUAGCAGCGGAUGCAGCAGUGAGCAGUCUACUAAAGCCAAAACACAAAAGGAAUUGUUGAAAACAUUACAAGAGCUGAAAGCUCACCUUCCUGCUGAAAAGAGAAUUAAAGGCAAAUCUAGUGUCCUAACGACGUUGAAAUAUGCCCUUAAAAGCAUUAAACAAGUUAAAGCCAAUGAGGAAUAUUACCAAUUGUUGAUGAUUAAUGAAUCCCAGCCUUCUGGACUCAAUGUGUCAUCUUAUACAGUGGAAGAAGUUGAGGCUAUAACCUCAGAAUACAUCAUGAAAAAUGCAGAUAUGUUUGCUGUAGCUGUUUCUUUGAUUACUGGGAAAAUUGUGUACAUCUCUGAUCAAGCUUCUUCUAUUCUUCGCUGUAAGAGGGGUUAUUUUAAAAAUGCCAAAUUUGUGGAGUUAUUGGCACCUCAGGAUGUCAGUGUUUUCUAUACGUCUACUACCCCAUACCGACUACCAUCUUGGAAUAUUUGCAGCAGAGCUGAGUCUUCCACCCAGGAUUGCAUGGAAGAGAAAUCUUUUUUCUGUCGCAUCAGUGCAGGAAAGGAGCGUGAAAAUGAGAUUUGCUAUCACCCAUUUCGGAUGACUCCUUACCUUAUCAAAGUACAAGAUCCGGAAGUAGCAGAGGACCAACUUUGCUGUGUGCUGCUUGCAGAAAAAGUGCAUUCUGGUUAUGAAGCACCCAGAAUUCCUCCAGACAAAAGAAUUUUUACGACUACACACACACCGACCUGUUUGUUCCAGGAUGUAGAUGAGAGAGCAGUACCUCUGCUGGGAUACCUACCUCAGGAUUUAAUAGGAACACCAGUUUUGGUGCAUCUUCACCCAAAUGACAGACCCUUAAUGCUAGCAAUUCACAAAAAAAUACUUCAAUAUGGAGGACAGCCUUUUGACUAUUCGCCAAUCAGGUUUUGCACUAGAAAUGGAGAUUACAUAACCAUGGACACUAGCUGGUCCAGUUUCAUCAAUCCUUGGAGUCGAAAGGUUUCAUUUAUCAUUGGGAGACACAAAGUUAGGACGGGUCCCUUAAAUGAAGAUGUCUUUGCUGCUCCCAACUAUACAGAAGACAGAAUCCUUCACCCCAGUGUUCAGGAAAUCACAGAGCAAAUAUACCGGCUAUUACUACAGCCUGUACACAACAGUGGAUCCAGUGGCUAUGGAAGUCUAGGUAGCAAUGGCUCACAUGAGCACUUAAUGAGCGUGGCAUCCUCAAGUGACAGCACAGGAAAUAAUAACGAUGACACACAAAAGGAUAAAACAAUAAGUCAAGAUGCCCGUAAGGUCAAAAAUAGAGGACAGCAUAUUUUCACUGAUAAUAAAGGAAAACUGGAUUGUAAGAGAGAGCCUUCUGCAGAAAAACAAAAUGGUCCUGGUGGUCAGGUGAAAGAUGUAGUAGGAAAGGAUACUACAGCUGCUCCUAAAAAUGUGGCUACUGAAGAGCUGGCAUGGAAAGAACAACCUGUAUAUUCUUAUCAACAAAUUAGCUGCUUGGAUAGUGUCAUCAGAUACUUGGAGAGUUGUAAUGUGCCUGGUACAGCAAAAAGAAAAUGUGAACCUUCGUCAAGUGUGAAUUCUGGUGUUCAUGAACAAAAAGCAUCUGCUAGUGCUAUACAGCCCUUAGGAGACUCUACUGUGUUGAAGGCAUCUGGUAAAUCAAGCGGUCCCCCAGUAGUUGGUGGUCACUUAACUUCUUUGGCCUUACCUGGCAAGCCUGAAAGUGUUGUAUCGCUCACAAGUCAGUGCAGCUACAGUAGCACCAUUGUUCAUGUUGGAGACAAAAAAACACAACCUGAAUUAGAAAUGAUAGAAGAUGGUCCAAGUGGAGCAGAACUCUUAGAUAGCCAACUUCUUGCCCCUCCAUCCAGCUCUACGCAUGUAAAUCAGGAAAAGGAGUCAUUUAAAAAACUGGGACUUACAAAGGAAGUCCUUGCAGUGCAUACACAAAAAGAAGAGCAGAGCUUUUUGAAUAAGUUCAAAGAAAUCAAGAAAUUCAAUAUUUUCCAGUCCCACUGCAAUUACUACUUACAAGAUAAACCUAAAGGAAGGCCUGGUGAACGUGGUGGCCGUGGGCAACGAAAUGUAACUUCUGGAAUGGAUCAGCCUUGGAAGAAAAGUGGGAAAAACAGAAAAUCAAAACGCAUUAAACCACAGGAAUCUUCAGACAGUACAACUUCUGGAACUAAAUUCCCCAAUCGCUUUCCGCUUCAGGGUUUAAAUACUACUGCUUGGUCACCAUCAGACACUUCACAAGCAAGCUAUUCAGCGAUGUCUUUUCCAACUGUUAUGCCUGCAUAUCCACUUCCUGUUUUUCCAGCAGCAGCAGGGACUGUGCCACCAGCUCCUGAGACUUCAGUCUCUGGUUUUAAUCAGUUGCCAGACUCGGGAAGUACUUGCCCUAUGCAACCGUCCCAGUUUUCUGCCCCCCUUAUGGCACCUGUUGUAGCUCUUGUGCUCCCCAACUAUGUCUACCCAGAAAUGAACAAUAGCUUACCUCAAACACUUUACCACAGUCAAGCCAAUUUUCCUACCCAUCCUGCUUUCUCUUCACAGACAGUAUGUCCAGCGCAGCCUCCAUUCACUACCCCUAGCCCUUUCCCACAACAGGCGUUUUUUCCAAUGCAACCAUUCCAUUAUAAUCCACCAGCAGAAAGUGAAAAGGUCCCUGUUGCAGAGGCACGAAACGAGCCAUCCCGUUCCUGCACUCCCCAGUCAGUGGGUCCUCAAGACCAGGCUUCGCCACCUUUAUUCCAGUCAAGGUGUAGUUCUCCUCUGAAUCUUCUACAGUUAGAAGAAACCACAAAAACUGUGGAAAGUGGAGCUCCUGCGGGUUUGCAUGGAGCUUUAAAUGAGGAAGGAGCCAUAGGCAAAAUCAUGACAACUGACGAUGGUAGUGGAAAGGGAUCCCUACCAGCUGAGUCGCCAAUGGAUGCUCAAAAUAGUGAUGCGCUUUCCAUGUCCAGUGUCCUGCUUGACAUUUUACUUCAAGAAGAUGCAUGUUCAGGCACUGGCUCAGCUUCAUCAGGGAGCGGUGUAUCUGCAGCUGCUGAAUCUCUGGGGUCUGGAUCCAAUGGCUGUGACAUGUCAGGGAGCAGAACAGGUAGUAGUGAAACUAGUCAUACCAGCAAAUACUUUGGGAGUAUCGAUUCUUCAGAAAAUCAUCAUAAAACAAAAAUGAAGGCAGAAAUAGAAGAAAGUGAGCACUUCAUUAAAUAUGUUCUUCAGGAUCCUAUAUGGCUUUUGAUGGCAAACACAGAUGACACCGUUAUGAUGACUUACCAGAUACCCUCUCGAGAUUUGGAAACAGUUUUAAAAGAAGAUAAGCUGAAACUAAAGCAAAUGCAGAAACUACAGCCAAAAUUUACAGAAGACCAAAAAAGAGAGCUUAUUGAAGUUCAUCCAUGGAUCCAGCAAGGUGGACUGCCAAAGACUGUUGCUAAUUCUGAAUGUAUUUUUUGUGAGGACAAUAUACAGAGCAAUUUUUAUACAUCAUAUGAUGAAGAAAUCCAUGAAAUGGACCUUAAUGAAAUGAUCGAAGACAGUGGGGAGAACAAUCUGGUUUCCCUGAGUCAAGUCAGUGAAGAACAAACAUAGCCUUUGAGCCUGCUGCUUCAAAAUAACAGUGAUGAUCCGUUAAGGUUUUAAUCUUGUUUCCAGCAAGAGGAAUCUACUUCAUAAAACAAAUAUUUUUCUUGCUCUAAAAGAGUCAUUUGUGAAAGAAUCUCUUUUUAAAUGGUGGCAAUCUCUUCCCAGUAAGGACAUUGUUGAAGAUGGUAUAGCUUUUAUUUAAAGAAAAAAAAAAGACUCAUAUUUUGCACUUAUAUGCCUCAAGUAUUUCUUUGUAAACUACAAAAGCUUUCAUUGAUGCCUACUGAGUGGGUCAGUGAGUACUGUGAGUACUGAAAAUCCCCUUGUAAACAUAGUUCUUCAAAUCUCCUUUGAGUAAUGGUUCAACAUUGUAAAUUGUUCUAGGAAUCUUGCUUAGAAGCUCUUUAGCAUUGCUCUUAAUAUUUGAAGUGGUCCUGCAUAGUAGAAGAAAAAACCUUCAAGAAAAUCAAUUCACACUUGCCCUUCUCAUACCAGUUGACCCAUCCUCUUUGUUUCCUGUAGUUUUGACUAUAGGAACUUUUUGCGUAAGAGAAAUGUUAAACUAAUUUUGUAAUAUGAUCUUGGGUUUAAAAUACUUACAUGGAUACUUCAGAAGGCAUAGGUGAGUGCUGACAAGUCUGUAGCCUUUUAUUCCAGCAGACACUGAGAUUCUAUGAACUGCUUAUUAUCUUGAAGCAUGAUUUCUGAGAAUUUAUACACAGAAAAUCUCUGCUUAAAAAUUUAAAAACACACAGGAUGACUGUGUAUGCUCCAAUGACUGAGACAAAAUGUAGUGUAAUUUUAACCUUUAUUUUUGGUUUGUUCUGUUAGGAUGUUGGCCAUCCAUUUUUCUGUUUGGCUAUACAAAAAUCAAACUUGCAUGUGGCAAGAGAGGAUUAGACAUUUCUCAUAAUUGGAAGAUAUUUCUUAUAAAAAGAGAUUUUGAGAAUACCAUUGACUUUCACAGAUUAUGUAAUCUAACACUUGGUGUGGCUGGAGUCCUUUCCUGUCAAGGAUUUAAUUUUAAUGCCUCAGCGAUUGUAUCAACUUGAAUACGUGUACUUUGUCCUUGCGCUGUUCAUACUUGUUGGAUGUGGGAAGAGAACAAAAGAGUACCUAUCAAUAUUGAUUAGUUAGAAGAAAUUUAGUUGCAGCAUUGCUAGAUGUCAGCUUGUAGGUCUUGGGGGGUCAAAAACGUGGAGAAACUCAAUUAACUUUGCUAUGUUUGUCUUAAAAUAUUUUUCAUGAAUUUUUUUUCUUUUGUUGUUCUUUUAAUGUUAGCACUUCUAUUCACUGAAAUCUAAAAUUAUUUUCAUUAUAUAAAGUGUUUCUCUUUGCAUACAAAGAGGACAUGAAGAUAGAUCUGACACCACCAAAAACAUGCUGAAGCAACUGGUAUUUGCUUAGUGGAAGAAAUGUGUGAAUUAAUUAUUAAUUGGACAGCAUCAUAAAGAAAUUUGCAAUGGAGAUAGGUUCGUCAGUUUGAGUGUGUGAACUUAUGAAAUGAGUUGAAACACUACUUUAAACGUGAGUAUGAUUUGAUUCCUGUCUUUAAUAGUUCAGCAAGAUCAAACUUCAGUAGAUGUAUAUAAACUGGAUGAGAAACUUUCAAAUGUUGGUUGUCAAGUCCAAUAUAUUAAAUGUUUCAAUCAUAAAUGGAACAGUGCAGCUAUACCAGCAUAUUACAUAUUCCUUUUGUGUUUUUUUAUUACAUGUAAACACAAAUAGUUUUAAUUGGACCAGGGUUUGGGAAAAAUAAAAGCUUUAUAUAUAAAGGAGUGCAUCAUUAUUAAACAAAUUAUUUUCAGGGACUUCUCAACCACUUUGUGAACUUCUUUGCUUUAGCAUGCUUUUUUUGUUGUUUUUUUUCUUUUUGUUUUCAUUUCUUUUUUUCAAUGACCAUCUUGUAAGCAUAACUUAGUGAAAGGAAGAGAAAAGUAUAUUUAGAGCAUUUUGUGGAUGUGCUUAAUUACAGUCUUAUUCUUGCAUCCUUAAAGUGUUUGCAUUUACAGGGUGGUAUUAAAUAUUUUCCUGUAACUUUAAAUCUACAUGCCUCCAUUUAUAGAUAAGAUUCUGAAGCUGUAAUUUUUCCAAGCUGUUGUAAGAUGAUUUAUUUGUGAUGACACUUUGUCAACAUGUCAACAAUGUUUUCUGUACACUGUGCAAUAUAUUUUGGUUUUGCCACUUGUGACUAAUUUUUAUGACUUUGCUUUUUAGAAAACCGGUAAAUAAAACAGAUAUAUUUUUA